GCUGGCUGACAGCAGCAGCGGUAUCCCUGUCUGAUAGACCGACCGUGGCAGGAGCAAUAUAGUAAAAAAAAACAACAACAACAGCCUGUUAAUACCCGGAUAUCUCAAGGUUUGUACGGCAGCUCAGUGACGGUGCAGCGUCGGUUCUGAACCAGCGUGAACCGGAGCUGUCAUGCGAACGUAGCCGCUAGCAAGCGAGCCAGGCCGAGGAGAGCUGGCUGGCUGUCCCCUUCAUCCAGACCGGAGCAUAAAUGUGUCACACAAGACAGUUUACCGUGUUUGUCGACGCCGGAGAAGAUGCGCAAGGACGUGAGGAUAUUAUUAGUGGGAGAGCCCAAGGUGGGGAAGACGUCUCUCAUCAUGUCGCUGGUCAGCGAGGAGUUCCCCACUGUGGUUCCCUACCGAGCUGAGGAAAUCACCAUCCCUGCAGAUGUCACACCAGAGAGAGUUCCCACUCACAUCGUGGACUAUUCAGAGGCGGAGCAGACGGAUGAGCAGUUGUUUCAGGAGAUCUCCAAGGCAAAUGUGAUUUGCAUCGUGUACUCUGUCAACAACAAGAAGUCCAUUGAAAAGGUGACGAGCCACUGGAUACCCCUCAUUACAGAGAACACGGACAAGGACAGCAGGGUUCCUCUGAUUCUGGUUGGGAACAAGUCGGACCUGGUGGAGCACAGCAGCAUGGAGACCAUACUGCCCAUCAUGAACCGGCACAGUGAGAUAGAGACUUGUGUGGAGUGUUCUGCAAAGAACCUUAAGAACAUCUCGGAGCUGUUCUACUACGCUCAAAAGGCCGUUCUGCACCCAACAGGUCCUCUUUACUGUCCAGAGAAAAAAGAUAUGAAGUCCCUUUGUGUCAAAGCUUUGACUCGAAUCUUCAAAGUGUCUGACCUGGACAAUGACGGGAUUCUCAACGAUAAUGAGCUCAACUUCUUCCAGCGGACGUGCUUCAACACGCCGCUCGAGUCUCAGGCGUUGGAGGAUGUAAAAAAUGUGGUGAGGAAGAAUUUGAGUGACGGAGUGUGUGACAACGGCCUCACUCUGAAAGGCUUCUUGUUCCUCCACACACUGUUCAUCCAGCGAGGUCGCCAUGAAACAACUUGGACGGUGCUCAGGAGGUUUGGGUAUGACGAUGAUCUGGAGUUAAAUCAGGACUACCUCUUCCCACCGUUGAAAGUUCCUCCAAACUGCACCACAGAGCUCAACCACAAUGCCUACCUCUUCUUACAGAGUGUCUUUGACAAACAUGACAAGGACCGUGACUGUGCCUUGUCACCAGAGGAGACGAGGGACCUGUUUGAUGUUUUCCCCUACAUGCCCUGGGGUCCAGAUGUCAACAACACAGUUUGCACUAAUGACCAGGGCUGGAUCACCUACCAGGGAUAUCUCUCCCAGUGGACGUUAACAACGUAUCUGGAUGUCCAGCGAUGCCUGGAGUAUUUGGGUUACCUCGGUUACUCAAUAAUUGCUGAGCAGGAGUCCCAAGCAGCAGGAAUUACAGUGACCAGAGAUAAGAAGAUUGACCUGCAGAAGAAGCAGACCCAGCGCAGCGUCUUCCGCUGUAAUGUCUUUGGGGACAUUGGCAGCGGCAAGAGCGGCUUCCUCCAAGCCUUCCUGGGUAGAAACCUCAUGCGCCAAAAAUCAAUUAGAGAGGAACACAGAUCAUACUAUGCCAUCAGCACAACCUUUGUUUACGGCCAGGAGAAAUAUCUUCUUCUUCAUGAAGUGUUCCCUGACAUCGACUACCUGUCUGACGCUGAUCUGGCCUGUGACAUUGUCUGCCUGGUCUAUGACGUCAGCAACCCUUACUCCUUUGAAUACUGCGCCAAAGUCUUCAAGCAAUACUUCAUGGACAGCAAGGUCCCAUGUAUGAUGAUCGCAGCGAAGUCGGACCUGCCUGAGGUCAAACAGAUGUACGGCUGCAGCCCUCUGGAGUUCUGCAGGAGGCACAAGAUGCCGCCUCCUCAGUCCUUCACCUGCAACACUGCAGCAGCUCCCAACAGAGACAUCUACACCAAACUUACCACCAUGGCGAUGUACCCCCACGCCCGGCUGCGCUGCAUGUGCACCUGUAACCGGUGCACCUUCUGCUUGUGUCAGAACUUCCUCAACUCUGAGCUGCUGCAGACGGUCAGGGCCAAACUCUACGCCGUUGUACUCAGAAGACACGUUAGCCAAGCAGACCUGAAGAGCUCGACCUUCUGGCUGAGAGCGAGUGUCGGGGCCACGGUGUUUGCAGUGCUGGGCUUCGCCAUGUACAGAGUCCUGCUCAAGUCACGGUGAUCCUCGGACACGCGGUUCCAAACCUCUUUACCCCGGGGUACUUAUAAAGCUAUUUUGACCAGUCACAACACUAAGCUUUCCCUCUUUUAUUUAGUAAAUGAAAAUCUGUCUCGUUUUUUUGCGGGAAAGAAGAAAUGUACGAAAACUUACUUUAGCAAAGAUUUGUUUUUGCAUUUUCAUUCCACUGUAAAUUUCUCAAAAUAUUUAAUUUUGUACCGAAAUUGCUAAUAUGCUUCACCUGUUUGUUUUGCAACUUUUUGCAAAGUAAUAUAUCUAUAUUUAUAUAAAAAAUGAGGGUAAGCAGCUGACGAGUAAGCUGUAGUGCGUAACAUGAGCUAGUUACAUAGAUAGCUAUUUUUUUGGGUUGCUUGCUGAUUGAAAUGAAAAUCUUGGUGUCGGUGGUGAAAUGUGAGUUUGCAAUGACACGGAUGCUUUUAUUGGAAUUGAACUGUAUGUAAAUAAUGUAUAUAAUAUAGUAGACUGUAAAUUUGUUUGUCUUUGUCUGAGAGGGCCAUGUUUGAUUCACACUCACAAAACAUUGAAUUUAACGGUAUUAGCGCAACAGGCUGGUUAUGAAAUCACACAAACAUGAACAUUGAUUAUUCACAUCGACUUAAAUUUGUUUGCCUUUCAGGGCCAAAAGCUUGGAUGCAAGCGUGUUUAAUGUGUGUACGUCUGAACAGCUCAGUGCUUAAUCUCUCAUGUUUUCCUAUGUUGGUCACUUUAUCCGUCAGGACUUGAGCAUGUGUGUAUGUGUGUGUUAGUAUGCUAAGAUAUUUAAAAUCGACACUUUACAGCCACUUUGUGUUUGCAUGCUUCAGAAUUUCUGACCACAUUUCAGUGUUUUAAGACUUAAUUGUACUGCGGUAAAAGAAUUACAACACCAACUUCUCUACAUUGAAGAUUAACAGUCAUUUGACCCCUGUUGUGAAUUCCAGUCACCUCUCCUUUUUGCAGAAAAUGCAGCAAUGUGGCCCCAGAUGUUAAUUUCCAUGCAAUUAAAACUGCUUGCCACAAAGUUCAGUUUGAUGUAUUCACUCAGCCCUGCCUUUCCAAAAGUUUACAAUAAAUGAAUAUCUCUGUUA